AUGCAACUGUAUAUCGGCGGAUUAAAAGAAUUUUCACAAGAGAAAGAGAUAGAGGACUAUCUCUCACAGUAUGGAAGGGUACAAGCACUUAAACUAUACAGUUCAUAUGGGUUUGCUACAGUAGAUGAGGAUAUUGGUAACAAGAUCCUUGAAGACACCCAUGAAAUGAACGGAAACAAGAUAGUAAUUGAGACUGCAAAGGGCCAGAGAGGCAGUAUAGGAGAGUUUGGAAGGAGGUACAUGUACAAGCAAAAAAGACCAGCACCCAGACGGGUCUCUAGACUUAUCUUGGAGAACCUUCCAAAGGACUUGGACUGGGCAGAACUUAGGUCAUUCAUUCUAAUGAGUGGUGCACGGCCAGUAUAUCUAAGAAUACUUCCAUCUGGAGAUGGACUAUUGGAGUUCAUAUGCAGACAGGACAGAGAUGUUGCCUUGGAGAGACUGAACAAUCAAAACUUCUAUGGGAAAACCAUCAAUGCACGCUUUGGCAGGAAGAGAUCUGCCAUUAUUUCUGGUAGAGAGCGUGAUUUGGCUGAUUCCCGUGAGGUUCCUGAAGGAAUUCCAGAAGAGAAAUAA